AUGCCUUCACACAUGGGCUUGGAAGCUACUACCUUUGGCCAAGGGACGCGAGACGAGCACUUUGCUUUUGAUCCAGCCUAUACUCCGCUGAAUCAUGGAUCUUAUGGAGCAUUUCCCACAGCCAUACGUAACCAUCAGCGAGCGUUGCAAGACCGUAUUGAGGCUAGAUCAGAUCCCUACAUACGAUUCACCAUUCCAGAACUUCUACAAAGGUCCCGUAUCGGGGCUGCAACGCUUCUGGGGGCAUUCAUUGAUGACGUUGUGUUCGUGCCAAAUGCCACAACGGCGGUGAAUACAGUUUUACGCAACUUGAGGUUCAUUGAAGGCGAUACCAUACUGUAUUUCUGCACCGCUUAUGGGGCGUGCGAAAAAGCCAUUCACUUCGAGGCCAAAAUGGAAGACAAUGUCGACACAAAAGACGAUAUCGAUGGCAUGUCAAGUGUUACCCAAGGCCCCGGCCGUUUUGGUGAUUUAUUCAAAUGGGCAGCCACAAUCGAUCAAACGCCAUAUCUCUGCGUCCCAGAGGCAAUCAAGUUUCGCACAGACGUAUGCGGUGGCGAGGACAAGAUCAGGUACUAUUGCUUCAAUCUUGCUCGCGACGGCGGACAUUCACUUGCAAAGAUUCUUGGCACGGAAACCAUGCAGAAUUCAGAGGACACGCUAGGCCAGUGCUGCUUCACCAAUGUGCGAUUACCUCUACUAUUCAAUACGGAGCGUCGAGGCGGCUUGGAAUGUGCCGAAGGACCCGACGUCGUCAAAUGGACAAUGGAUCGUGCGCUGUGUGAAUUCAACACAUGGAUCCCCGGGAAAUACUAUGCUGGAGCUGUUUGGGUGCGUCUCAGCGCUCAAAUCUAUCUCGGGAUUAAAGAUUUCGAGUGA